ACUACGGCUGCUCCAGCCGCAACUACAGCUGCUCCAACCGCAACUACAGCUCCUCCAACUACUACUACAGCUACUCCAACCUCAACUACAGUUUCUUCAGUUACAACUACAGCUGUACAAUCUACAACUAGUGUUUCUCAAGCCACAACCAUAACUUCAUCAAAUACAACGACUGAUACAAAUACAUCUACUGCAGGGGCCGUAACUACAGCCAUUCUGACAACAACUACAGCUUCUCAACUUACCACAACACAACAGUCAAAUACAACUACUUUGUCAAAUAUAACAACUUCAGCUGUUUUUCAAAAUACAACUCUGGCCCCUCCUGUUACAACUACAGCUCCAAACACGUCCGCGGUUACAACCACAGCUUCAACUAAUGUUUCUCAAGCCACAACCAUGAAUCCAUCAAAUCUAACUACUACCAUUGCAAGUUUUGAAAAUACCACCACUAACAACGCCUCGGCAAUCACUACAGCCGAACCCAAUGCAACAUCAGCUUUAACCACUACACUCUCUAUGAUUACAACAACUACACCUAAUAUAACUACAAAUGAAACUACAACCAUUACAACAACUACCGCUAAUAUAUCAAGUACCACAGGUGAAACUACAAAUUCAACGACUACUAUUGGUGUAUCUACGGACAAUGCAACAACUACUGGUAUUUUGACCAAUGCAACAACAGUGGAACCAGCUAACACAACUUUAAAUAAUAUAACUACAGUUCCCCCAAAUGUUGAUUCUAAUAUCACAACCACACUCCCCUUGGCUACGACAAUGCCAGCAAAUGCAACUACUAUUGUUAAUCCAAAUGCAACUACUACUGUUAAUCCAAAUGCAACUACUACUGUUAAUCCAAAUGCAACUACUACUGUUAAUCCAAAUGCAACUACUACUGUUAAUCCAAAUGCAACUACUACUGUUAAUCCAAAUGCAACUACUACUGUUAAUCCAAAUGCAACUACUACUGUUAAUCCAAAUGCAACUACUACUGUUAAUCCAAAUGCAACUACUACUGUUAAUCCAAAUGCAACUACUACUGUUAAUCCAAAUGCAACUACUAUUGUUAAUCCAAAUGCAACUACUACUGUUAAUCCAAAUGCAACUACUACUGUUAAUCCAAAUGCAACUACUACUGUUAAUCCAAAUGCAACUACUAUUGUUAAUCCAAGUGCAACUACUAUUGUUAAUUCAAACGUGACUACAACAAAUCUGUCUUCAGCACCUACAACAGCGCCCAAUGGAACUGUAUCAACAAAUACAACCACACUCAGCAAUACAUCAUCUACAGAAGCACCAUUUGGAAACAUGACCACUUCAGGCCCAGGAAUUUUAACCACUCUAAUGCCAACUGAACCACCGGUGGAGCCUUCAUUCGCAUUUCUACAAAUGACAAUGGCGUCAUCUAGUACUGUCAGCAAUGAAACACUGAUCAAAGCCAUCACACAGUUUGUCAGAAACAGACUGGUGGGUACUGAUCCUAUUGUUACAGUGAAAAGCAUUCGGAAAGUGAGUGGGACUCCAUAGAGGAUUUGGACAAACUUUGCAGUGCACUGAUUAUUUCUCAAUUGUAAUUUUGUGAAAAUAACUCAAUGAGUGGACUAUGACUCAGCAUUUAGCUUUGUUGUGAUUACGUCCAAGUUCCUCUGCUUUGAGUAUCAUAUUACGCAGUAUUUGCACAAACACAAUAGGAACCAAAUUCAAAAUGACCAGCUAUAACUGCAAUGGAAUACAGGGGAAUUUACCAUCGCUAUUUAAGAGUACACAAAAGGAGCUCAGCCGUGACCACCCACCCCCUAGGUCUGGGGGAAAAAAAAAAAGGGACAGUCUUGUUCAAGGCUAAUUGAUUUUGUGGUGACUAAUGGCCACAAGACCUACAAUUUGAUUUAAAAUCAAAUUAACAAAACAUUUUGCAGAACCUUGUGUUUUAAAUGUGCUUUGUGUAACUUUGCUAGUGCAAGGCUGGCCACUUGCUUGCCUCUGUGGAAUCUUAUUGUUUGGCUGGAAUGUUCCACAGUAUGGCAUUAAGCUUUUCUAUCUCCAUGGAGACAAAAAUGUAAUGCCAGCGAGCCAUGUUUUGGACCAAAUUUGAAGAAGUUUUUCUAAGUGUUUUGGAGAAAUAACAUUGCCUAUAAUUAAAUAAAUGCAAGACAGUUUAGAUAAGCUUAAUGACAUACUGUGGAAAAUUCCAAAGCAAAACUAUGCAAUUUCUAUGAAGGCAAGAAGGUAGUGGACCCAGAACCUGAAAGUUACACAGUGGACCUUUAAAUGUCCUUUUUGGACUUAAAACAACUGCGUAAUAGUCUCCACGAUGUCUUUGAAAACUUACUUCCAGAGCUGGAGCACUGCGCUCACUGCUCCACAGGACAAACUAAAUCUGAUUAAAUGAAAACAAUCAUGAGAUAUGAUAUGUGUAUAUUUUUUGAUGAUCUUUUAGUAAACAUUUUCAGAAAUCA